UGGAGGAGUUUAACGUGGGACAAUCCUCACCGGAGCUCAGUUGACCUUCGAAGAGAAACAACAUUGUUCCAGUCCUUUUAUGAUGAUACAAAGUGUGAAACAUCAUUUCAUGGCCAUAUUAUCUGCUUUCCACCGAAGGAAGAAACGUAGUUUGCUGGGCGUGCUCGCUUUGUUCCUUUUUUGCUUGCUGUACAGCUAUGAAAGAGCAACUCACACCCAGUAUAAACAGGAUGGUUUCCUGUUGGUGCCAGAUUCCAGGUGUCAUGUCAACCCUCCAUUCCUGGUUAUUCUUGUGACCAGCGCCAUGAACAAGAAUAAAGCUCGUGCGGCAAUCCGGCAAACCUGGGGCAAAGAAACAACCAUUGGCAACAACAGAAUCGUCACCUAUUUCCUCCUUGGGUACAGUGCCCAUUACCAGCAACAGCUCCUGGACGAGAGUUUGCAACACAAUGAUAUAAUCCAGCAGAAUUUCACUGAUUCCUAUUACAACCUGACAACCAAAGUGCUGAUGGGAAUGGAAUGGGUAACUCGGUUCUGUCCAUCCGCUUCCUUUGUCAUGAAGACAGACGCUGACAUGUUUGUGAAUAUCUACUACCUGCAGGAGCUUCUAGCCACAAAGAAUCGAAACAACUUCUUCACUGGGGAGGUCAGGUUUAACCGCAGUCCCAUGAGGAGGCAAAAUAGCCAGUGGUAUGUAAAAGAAGAGGAAUAUCCGCACCCAACGUAUCCGCCCUUUUCCUCAGGAGGUGGCUAUGUUCUCUCAUCUGACAUUGCAAAGAAAAUUUGGGACAUUUCAGCUCAAGUUGCCAAAUUUAAACUGGAGGAUGUAUACAUUGGGAUGUGCUUGGUGGAACUGAAGAUCAUUCCGGUAGAUAUGUGCUUGAGAAAAGUAUUUUUUACCAGAAAGGUAAAGUUCCAUGUCUGUCGCUUUCGGAAACUGGUAACCUCUCACCGACACAGCCCCGAGGAGUUACUGUUGUUUUGGAAAGCUCUGAUGAAUUCUACCAGGAACGACUGCCCAACUGAGAGGAAAAAUUCAUAUUGAUCAGGAACAUCGUGCUAAUAAACCUUUUCUCGCUGCACAUGUUAUUCUAUUCCCCAUGUUAUUAAUUCACUGCGGAACAUAUUUUUGUUUGCAACAGGAUAUAACAUUUACCUGAUGCAUACAAUGGGCUAGCAAAACACACAGUCAUUGCACCUUAUCACAAGAUCAC